GCCAUUUAAGCAAAAGAUCUGUGCACAUGCUCUUUAUGGCAAACUCAUAUUUCAUGGUUGUUUCAUUACGACUAGAAUUAAUCCGGCGCACACAUCCGAAACCAAUUCCCAGAUUGUAUGUGCGCAAUUCUAAAGAAUGAUCAAGGGAGGCUUAUUAAGUCAUAAUGUGGUAGUGGUAGUAGUGGUAGCAGUGGUAGCAUUAGGACAUAAUAAUGACAGAUCUCUUUUCUAUCGGACCCUUUGCUUUGCCCUCCCCUUUUCUAUAAAAAAAAUAAAGAUUGAGUUAUAUUUACAGUUUGUUACACAGAAUGGCACUAGCGGUUUGGGAAAGAGAGAGUUCCCAGGCAGGCUGAAAAGGAGAGAGGGGGGGCUGCUGCAGAUCAUCGAAUUGAAAAAAAUACGGCAAAACGGCCUAUCCGAAAUCUGUUGCAGCAUAUCACUCUAGCGCGAGCAGAGUGAAACUAUCAUCCACAGUUGGAACGGCGAUGAGGCCGAUCAUUGCCCCGUUCUUGCAACCACACUGUGGGCUGAUGAUGAUGAUGAUGAUGAUGAUGAUUACGAUGACGGUAGCAGCAAUAGUAAUAGUUAGUGCUUUGAGUUUAGCGGGAAGAGAG